AUGUCUGCCACCGAAGAGACAGUCAAACAAGAGUCGCGGGACUCGCAACAGACAGAAGAGCAGCAGCGGCCGCAGUCGAGAGACGGCUCAGACAAGGACACCGAGACUUUCGAGGAUGCCAUCGAGACCGGCUCUGUUCGGUCAUUGACAAAGCGUCAACAGCCCGUCAACCGACAAUCGGCCCAGGACCACUCCGACUACGAGGAGGAAGCUUCCCACCUAGCCGCCGCCAACGACAAGCCCGAUGCUCCGAAUCAGCAGACAACAGAUAAGACACCACGGCCUCCGUCGCAGGCCUCGGCCGGUUCGCUCGACAAUGUAAACCUCGACGAUGACUCGGCAACAACAACGAUUUCCGCUACCGCGCCGCAAGGCAACAUAACAAAUGCCCUCCCGCCCAUGCCGUGGUCACCUUCGGCAAACGAGUCACCAGCUAAGAGUCCAGCUGCCACAGCCGCAGCCCCCCAAGCUCCUGCUCCUGCUCCUGCUUCAGCGCCGGCCACCACGAGCAGGAAGUUCAACAGCCCCUUUUCCUGGCUCUCGCGGAGCUCAUCAAAGGAGCCGCCCGUAACACGAGCCGCGCCGUCCCCGAGGAGAAAUACAGCUAGCUCAGUGGCCACCUUGAUGAGCAAUCCGGAGAUGAUGCUGAGCAAGCUCGAGGAAGAGAAUGAAGGGGGAGCGAGAGACCGGCAGUCGCGCAGUAGCCUAAAGGACCGCUUCAAGCUGCUUAGAAUGAGGGAGGAGGCCGGCAUUCCCGUCGAAGACGAAAGGGCCGGCGUUGCGGCUAGUGAUAAUGGCGACGGCUCUAGUCUAGCCGCACCACCUCUUGCUUCACCGCUGCCACAAAGCCCGAAUCUCGCCCCUGGAACCGCCUCGGGCGUUACCGUUGGCCCAUCGUCCAUGGAAGACACCCCGGUGGAUUGGGAUCUUUGGCAGGCUGUGGUCUACGAAGGCCCAGCCGCUGUGGCUCGGACAAGUCCUGAGGAGCUGAACAAGGCCAUUGCCGCUGGUAUCCCGAGUGCCAUCCGCGGGGUCAUCUGGCAGGUCCUUGCCCAGAGCAAAAACGAGGAGCUGGAAGCCGUCUACGAGGAGCUUGCGGCGAGAGGCACCGAGAAGGAGAAGGAUAGGCAGAGCUCUGGGUCUGGAGCAAGUCCAGCACUCAAUGGGAGCACCAAAGGCUCUACGUCGUCUGCAUCUUCGGUCAACUCGGAGCAUUCGGGGCCCAAUGGUGCACCGUCGCCGACAGAAAAAGAGUCGGCUGCCGCCGCAGCAGAGCGGAAGAAAAAGGCAAAAGAGGACAUUGCAAUGCUGCAGAAGCUCGAGAAAACGAUCAAAAGGGAUCUUGGCGCUAGGACAAGCUUCUUCAAAUUCGCCGCUGCGCAGGGCCUUCAGGAUAGCCUGUUCAAUGUGUGCAAGGCAUAUGCGCUCUUCGAUGAAGCCGUUGGUUAUGCUCAGGGCAUGAAUUUUCUCGUCAUGCCGCUUCUUUUCAAUAUGCCAGCCGGGGAAGCCUUCUGUUUGCUAGUGCGGCUAAUGAACCAGUACCACCUCCGCGAACUCUUCAUCCAGGACAUGCCGGGUCUCCACCUGCACCUUUACCAAUUUGAGCGCCUCUUGGAGGACUUGGAGCCGGCACUCUACUGCCACCUUCGGAGGCGCGGCAUCUCUCCCCAUCUCUAUGCCACUCAGUGGUUCCUGACCCUCUUCGCUUACCGCUUCCCGCUCCAACUCGUCCUUCGUAUCUACGACCUAAUCUUCUCAGAAGGCCUGUCUGCCAUUCUCAAGUUUGGUAUCGUCCUCAUGCAAAAGAACGCAGCCGCCUUGCUCGCCCUCACCGACAUGGCGCAGCUGACGUCCUUUCUCAAGGACCGCCUGUUUGACGCUUACAUUGACUCCUCGCCAUCCUCCACCUCUAUCCUGGAGAACGGCUUCUUUGGCAGCUCCUCGAGCAGCAUUGACAAGGAGGUCUACCGCGCCGACCAGCUGGUGCGCGACGCCUGCGAGGUCAGGAUCACCCCCGACAUGCUCAAGGCAUACCAGAUUGAAUGGGAGGAGAAGACACGCGCCGAAAAGGAGCGCGAAGCCGAACUGGAGAGUCUCAGGGCGGCCAAUGCGAGCUAUGCCGUGAGGGUGCGCAAGCUCGAGGAGCGGAUCGAGGAUGUCGAUCGGGAACAAGCGGCGCUGGCGACCGAGCUGGUCAGGACAAAGGUCGAGAAUGAGGAGCUCAAGGACGAGAACGAGAGUCUCAAGGGCCAAGUCAAGGAGUUGCGGAUCGUGAUUGAGAAGCAGCCGGCCGAGAUAGAAGCGGCAUGGCAGCUUGAGAGGGAUGACCUGAUGAAGCGGAAUGGGAAGGUACAUGAGGAGAACCAGAGGUUGGAGAAGGAGCUCUCAGAGCUCGAGGAGGAGCUGGUGCAGACCAAGAUGCAGUAUGCGGAGAUCAACUCGCAGCACGAGACUCUCACGCGGAAAUGGACCGACCUCAAGAGGCAGUUUCAAUGAGUCUUCUGCCUCUGUCUCUGCUUCAACAUUCCUCAUUUGCAUCUGCUAGUAUCACAACCCUUGACUGGCUCACCCACACCAGCAGUCAGCACUCCCUGGUAUACCGGUUGUAUUAGGCAUCGGAGUAUUGAACAAUAGAAGUGAUGGCGUUGGAAAAGAUUUGUUUGUCAGUUGUCAGACAGCGCAAUGGCAAGGCAAGGCAAUGGCAAAGCACAGAUAGCGGAAUCAAAGGGCGCUCGGUAAGGGGAACUGUCGUCUUUCAUGCAUCCAUGGAAUAGGGAAUGGGA